AUGGAGCCGGCCCGGGAGCCCCCCGCGCGCACCCGCCCGCCGCCCCCCGCCUCGCGCCCCGCGCCAGCUGCACCUAGGCCGCGCUCGCCGGCUGAGGCCGAGGCCCGUGGCCCAGAGGGGUUGCUGCGGCGAUCGGGGUCAGGGUACGAGGGCAGCACCAGCUGGAAGGCGGCCUUGGAGGAUACCACCACACGCCUGCUGCUGGGGGCCAUUGCGGUCCUCCUGUUCGCCAUCCUGGUGGUGAUGAGCAUCUUGGCUUCCAAAGGCUGCAUCAAGUGUGAGACGCCCUGCCCAGAGGACUGGCUGCUCUACGGAAGGAAAUGCUACUACUUCUCAGAGGAGCCUAGAGACUGGAACACGGGCAGGCAAUACUGCCAAACCCACGAAGCAGCACUGGCUGUGGUCCAAAGCCAGAAGGAACUGGAAUUUAUGUUCAAGUUCACACGGAGGGAGCCCUGGAUUGGCCUGCGCAGAGUUGGAGACGACUUCCACUGGGUCAACGGGGACCCGUUUGACCCAGACACGUUCUCCAUCUCGGGUAUGGGCGAGUGCGUCUUCGUGGAGCCCACCAGGCUGGUGUCAACGGAGUGUCUGGCAACCCGGCCCUGGGUGUGCAGCAAGAUGGCCUACACGUGAUGUAGCCCAGGCCAGAGGUGGCCGUAGUGCUCCGGCCCAAGGACAGUGUGUUCUACCACCUGCUUCCGACAGGAGCCGCCACCCUCUCUGAAUGGAAGCAGCAGGGAGGGUGGUCCCUGUCACUGUCCCCUCUCAAGGCUCCAGAGCUCCGAAGCCCUGGUUCCUGGUCUCUCUUGUCCCCAGGCAGGUCCUGCGGCUUAGCAGUUAUAUCUCAUGUGCUAAGUAGUGUAGACAUCUUGCCUCCCAUACACACAAGCACACACAUGUAUACACAUGUACACACACAUAUACAACACACAUGCAGGCUCUUUAUAACAGAUCACCCUUCCUUGGCUCGGCCUGGAAGCUUCCUCACUGCAGCCCUGGUGCUCCUGGGCAGAGGGGGGCUGACAUGGGUUAUAUGGCUUUUGGCUCAGUCGCCUGCCCUCCCCAGCGGCUUCUCUCAGGCACAGCUUCCUCAGCACCUUGGAGAGAACAGCCCAGGGCUGGAGGCCCCUGUCUCUGUCCUCCCUGCCUUCCUGGGGUCCUCAGGCAGGGCCCCUGCUGUGCUGUGGUGCUGUUGUAUUGGUCACUAAUGGAAUAAAGGUUUGACUGCAUCUA